AUGGGCGGCAAACAAUGGGCUAAACAGGAGGAGCUCGUCUUCUGGAAGGAAGUCGUCCCGAGAUCGCCCAAGCGAGUUGGAAGGGAUAGACAAAAGCCCGAAAUGAAUUGGAGGGACUGCGCGGCCUGGAUGCAACGUCGCAUGGCCAGAGAACUUAAAGAGCCUCGUCGAACCUACACUGAGCUGUGUCUCUUUGAGCAUUACUUCCAGAAUGCUGAGAAGCAGAAGUUUUCUCCUCACGCCGAACUACUGGUGCGGCGAUAUCUGAGGCAGAAGGCACAAGAUGACGCCAGCAGCAGUCAGAGCAACGGUCAGGGCCACGGUCAAGGCAACAGUGUGGCCAGCGAGGCGGGCGACAGCGACUUCAAUCGCGACAUGAACGACGCGCCGCAACCCCCUAAGACUGAGAAUUUGGGCAACGCCGGACCCCAAAUCCCCAUCACACCACUUCGCCCUCGUAAUUUGGCUACCCAGAGGACCAUGGACAGCGACCACCAAGUGGCUUCUCCGUCGUCAAUGUCUCCAUUUGUUCCCAGUUACAACAAUAACAGCAAUGGUUUCUCAGGCAUUGGCAGCCAGGCAAGCACCCCCAGCUACACAGGAUACGCCGAUCACCUUCGCCAUCCUAAGCCCAACAUGAUGCCUCUCGGCCCCAGCGGCAUGUCGACCGCUCCCACAAUACCCAUGGCGCCCAUGGAUGAGGAGGAGCUUCCUUCUCUCCCGGCUCGUCAGACUACUUCGCCCUACGGCAACGACAGUCCUGUUAUCCCAGGACAAUAUUCCGAGAUCAACUCGAGUCCGCCCAUCCAGAUGCCUCAACCCGUGCGCCAACAGUCGGCAAUCGAGAGGCAGGCUGCGAGUGCUGGCAUGAGUGUUCAGGAUCUCCUGAACAGCUCUCCAGCCAAGCAACAUCCUUUGCCGCAAGCCUAUCAGGGCUCUGUUAACAACGGUUAUGGCUUCGAGAGCGGCUACGACUACCACCCGAGCUACAUGCAGGGUAUUGAUCAAGGAUACGGCAAUGGCUACUCCCAAAACUACACGUCUAACUAUAUCCCUUACGGCCAAGGGUACAGCAAUGGCGUCCAGAAUUACAGCCAAGGCUACAACUCCAGCUCCCAAGGUCCCAACAAUGGCGUCCAGAACUACAAUCCGGGCUUUAACUCCAGUCCCCAAGGACCAAGCAAUAGUGCCCAGAACUACUAUCAGGGCUACGACUCUAGUCCCCAAGGACACAACAAUGGUGUCCAGAGCUACAGCCAAGGCUAUGACUCGAGCCCCCCUGGACUUCCUCAGGGCCGCAACGAAGAUGAGUCCUCCGCUACCCGAACUUCUUCUAGCAACGCCACUCAUCCAGCUCACGAUUCGGAGGCUCAUAACGACGAGUACCAUAGUCUCGGCAGUGACAACAACUACCAAAACAGUGGUUCUCCGACCGGGGAUUACGAACAGUUGCCUAUGUACAACAGCCGUGGCCCUCAGAAGUCCAUGGUUCGCGCCUAA